UUUAUCAAAUCAGAUAAAUCUUCUAAAUUUAUCUCAUUUGAUCAUUUUACAUCACCGAUAUACUGACGAUAUAUUACGGUGCAUGUUUGUGCUAUUACAUCUUUUUGUGUUGUAGUGUGAAACUGUAAAAAUGGUAAACUCGAUUCUUGAAGUUAUAAAUCUGGAAAACCCCAUUUUUAGGGGUUACGUUCUCUGCUCAUCAGUUUUGGUUUUAAAAACUAUGGCAAUGGCACAUCUUACCGGUAUACAGCGAUUUAAACGUCAGGUGUUUGUUAAUCCAGAAGAUGCGGCAGUAUUUAAAUGUAAACCAAAAAUAGAUGCAAAUGUUGAACGAGUAAGAAGGGCUCAUUUGAAUGAUUUAGAAAAUAUUCCAAUUUUCUUCGUGGCUGGGUUUGGUUAUAUGUUAACCAACCCACCAGUUCGAACCGCUUUGAUGCUAUUCAAAAUAUUCACUAUUGCUAGAUUUCUCCAUAGCUUGGUUUAUGCAGUCGUUAAGGUGCCUCAACCAGCAAGAGGAUUAGCUUGGGGUACCGGUUAUUGUAUCACUGGUUUUAUGGCUGUGAAAACUCUUUUGCAUUUCCUAUAAAAAAAUAUUUUUAUACGAUGUUUUUGUAAUGUUUGUAUAUGGAUUUUUAAAUAUAGAAUGAACAUAAUGUAAAAUAU